CGACAAAAGCGACCGCGACAAGACUCAACUUGCGACGGCUCGAGCGACAACAUUCAGUAGCGCUCUGUUUAAGGCCACAGAGUACAAUAGGAAGAGGCCCUAGCUUAUUGACUUGUCUAAGUUGCUACUCGCCCAAUAUUUCUCGGAAAUUGCCACUUGGCGCAUCUUCCGUCGCCAUGUCCAAGCAGACACUCUCGCAGAUCUACAGCAAAUUACCGCGCGCGGAUCUUGUCUUUCUUCUCGGCAUUCGCGACUUGGACACGGCAGGUGUCCCUUCUGAACUCGUGGAUCGCCUCACUGACCACGACCUCGCCACCUUUCCAGCAGCAGCGCGCCUCGACUCGUUAAGAGCACAAGAAGCCUCUGCCCUAUUGGCAAAUACCACAGCGAUACGUAUUCGUGAAGGCGCAUCCCGUCAUACACCCACACACGUCUGUGAUCCACAAAAAUUGAAAAACCUAUGGUUGCCACCAGAGAUAUGGACGCUUGUGGUACGUCAUACGAAUGACUGGGAACUAGGCGCUGCUCUAUUCGUCUCUGAGAUUGGCAUUCGACGGCCUGCAAUCUGGGAUCAUGCUACGGAUUUGGACUUGGCGGUCUUGCAUAAUGAUUUGAAGCAACUACAAGUCCUGGCGCGUCGUGCGCCGUGCUUGAAGAUACCGCGGCAUGUGAUUGAUGUGGUGCUAAGAUUCGAGUAUAUUGGUAUACUGGAGUGGAUCUGGCGUAACGUUCCCACGACUUUUCAAGCGGAACAGAUUCCCUUACUUGCGAGUCGCUACAACAGUCCAAAAGUAUUACAAUGGUGGAAAGACACCAUGCAACCAGAUCAACUACAUUAUACGGAAAGCUGUUUGGAUGCAGCGUCUUCCUCUGGCAGACUUGACGCACUCAACUGGUGGAAAAACUCUGGCCUUCCUCUCAAAAUCGGUCGUGUCUUGGACUUUGCAUCCGAUGAAGGCGCUGUGGCUGUUCUUGAAUGGUGGAAGCAGUCAGGUCUCAAUUUCCGAUACUCCAAGUUUGCCAUGCGUCAUGCUUCACAAAAUGGCCAUGUGCACGUUCUUGAAUGGUGGCUCAAUUCAGAGCUACAGCUAUUCUAUGAUGCUAGCUGUUUGGACUAUGCAACGCGCUUCAAUCGAGUGGCCGUGCUGGAUUGGUGGAGCAGGUGUGGUCUCAUGAUUGAGUAUCGCAUCAUGGAUAUUGAAGAAGCGCUUGGUGAAGCGGUUGUCGGUGGGCAUGAGUCGCGUCACUGGUGGCGCGUUCAAAUGGGAAUCGACUUUGGCGUCAAUAAUAGUGAGUGGAUGCGAUACAGGAUCCUGAAUGAAGCAGCGACAUAUCGUCAUGCUUGAGCUGGCCUGAGGUCCGCUGUUGACGAAGACCAUGAUUGAAUGUUGAGUAAUUUGGCCAUC